AGCGGGGCGCGGCUUCCUCCUCCUCCUCCUCCUUCUCGGGCCGGGCAUGGCGGGGCUGGAGCUGCUGUCGGAGCAGGGCUACCGCGUGGACGGGCGGCGCGCCGGGGAGCUGCGCCAGAUCCGCGCCCGGCUGGGCGUCUUCGCGCAGGCCGACGGCUCCGCCUACCUGGAGCAGGGCAACACCAAGGCGCUGGCCGUCGUCUACGGGCCCCACGAGGUAGGCCGGGCGGGCGGGCGGAGGGCCGGGGAGGGAGGGAUGCCGGGAUGGCGGGGCCGGCGGGCGGGCGGGCGCAGGGCGGAGGGCGCAGGGCUCCUCUCCCGGCCCGCGCUGCCCUCCUCUCCUCCCCUCUCCUUCCUCCGGCAGAUGCGCGGCUCCCGCGGCAAAGCGCUGCCCGACCAGGCGCUGCUCAACUGCCAGUUCAGCCUGGCCACCUUCAGCACCGGCGAGCGCAAGCGGCGGCCCCACGGCGACCGGCAGGCGGGCGAGAUGAGCCUGCAGCUCAAGCAGACCUUCGACGCCGCCAUCCUCACGCAGCUCUACCCGCGAUCGCAGAUCGACAUCUACGUGCAGGUGGGACGGGGGGGCGGGGGGGGCUGGAAGGCCCCCCGGGGGAGACUGGGGGGGGGGAGGAUGGGGUUCCCAAGUGGAGGAGGCAGUGCAGCCCCCCCACUCCAGCAUCCUCUAACUUAGAGGGGUGCCUAGCUGGGGGGGGGGUGCCUUGGUUCCACAAAUCCAUCCCAGUGCCCCCCACCCUCAUUAAUUAGGUAGGACUCAUCCUUCCCAUUUGUUGGAAGCCACCCAGAAUGGCUGGGGAAAGCCAGUCAGAUGAGUGGCAUAUAAGUAAUAGAAUACUACUACUAAUAUUAUUAUUAUAAUAUCAACCCUGUCGGAUGGGUGGCAUAUAAUAAAUAAAUUCUUAAAAUCCAGUAGCACCUUAGAGACCAACUAAGUUUGUUAUUGGUAUGAGCUUUCAUGUGCAUGCACAAGGUGCUACUGGAAGGAAUUUUUUUUAUUUUGUUUCGACUACGGCAGACCAACACGGCUACCUCCCUGUAAAUAAAUUAUUAUCAUCACCAUCACUCUAUAAAAAGCAUAAAUCAGAAUAUCAGUUUGCACAACCUGCUAAGGAAAAUAACAUCAUAAAAUUCAAAACAGUAAUAAUUAAUUGUACUUUGAUUCAAAAUCCAAUGAAAAUUACUCAGUUUAAUGAAUUCAACAAGAGGGGCAAGCUUGAUCCAGUGACCCCAGCUUUGCAAAGUCCAAUAGCCCUUGACUCCUCCUUGCCUCUUUCCUCGCUCCCCCCGCAAGACGUAGCUGUGUGCAUGGGUGCCCUUGCCCCGGGGGUGUGCUGGGUGCCCGAGGGUCCGGCUCUGGCCGGGGGCCUUGGGUGGGGAGGGGCUCCUUCCGCCGGGCCCUGAGGAAGCCUUUCCUGCCCCUUCCAGAUCCUGCAGGCGGACGGCGGCAACUACUGUGCCUCGGUGAAUGCGGCCACUCUGGCGGUCAUUGACGCCGGCAUCCCCAUGCGGGACUACGUCUGCGCCAUCUCGGCCGGCUUCCUGGAGGACACGCCCCUGGCCGACCUGAACUACGUGGAGGAGGCGGCCGGCGGCCCCCAGAUGGCCCUGGCGCUGCUGCCCAAGUCGGAGCAGAUUGCGCUGCUGGAGAUGAACGCCCGGCUGCACGAGGACCACCUGCAGCGCAUCAUGGAAGCCGCCAGCAAGGCCUGCAAGGACGUCUACGCCGUGCUGGACCAGGUGGUGCGGGAGCAUCUGCGUGAGGUCACUGCUCUGCUGGGCAAGUGAGCCCCCUCCCGGCUGCACUGUGGGUGGGGGGCGCAGAGCGGUGGAAGACGCCUCCUCCUCCUGCUCUGCCGUUUGCUCAGGUGGCGCCAGCUGGAUGCGGCCAAGAAUCUCCCCCUUCCUCCCUGAACUGAGCCGCUCUCUGUGGGAGAGGAAUGCGCAGCUGGAUGCAGGCCUGUGCUGCAUUGCCUGUGGUGCUUUGCACUAAGCCUUUUUGUACAGGGUUGCUUCUUUCUUACAUGCCAGAGAAUUAAAUAUUCUUCCAAAGAAA